AUGAGUCUCAAGCGAAAGGCUGGCGAGGCGGCAACUGACGCGUCCAAGAAGCCAAAAGCGAAUGGCAGCAUCACAGCCUUCUUUGGUGCACCCAAACCAGCUGCAAAUUCAAAGGCAGCGGCAGCAGCCAAGUUUGACCGCGAGGCGUGGGUCGCAAAGCUCACUGAAGAGCAGAAGGAUCUCCUGAAAUUGGAGCUCGAGACACUCCAUGAGAGCUGGUUACCACAUCUCAAAGAUGUGCUACUUACACCCCAAUUCCUCAAUCUGAAGAGGUUCUUGAAGCAGGAGCUGAAGAGUGGAAAGACCAUAUAUCCGCCUAUGAAGGACGUAUACUCUUGGUCACGACAUACGCCUCUCGACACUGUCAAAGUCGUCAUCACGGGCCAAGACCCUUACCACAACCCGAAUCAAGCCCAUGGCCUAUGCUUCUCCAUCCGCCCACCUACACCCGCCCCACCGUCUCUCCAGAAUAUCUACAAAGCGCUCAAAAUCGACUACCCAGACUACAAGCCACCGCCAAACAAGAGCGGCCUGCUUACCCCAUGGGCAGAACGCGGUGUCUUGCUCCUGAACACCUGUCUGACAGUUCGUCGGAACGAAGCAAACUCACAUUCCGGCAAAGGCUGGGAGCUGCUGACACAAAAGGUUAUUGAUACCGUGGUCAAAGUGCGCACGAAUGGCGUUGCUUUCUUGGCCUGGGGCACGCCUGCGCAGAACAGGACCAAGGGCAUUCCGGUGGACAAGCAUCUCAUUUUGAAGAGUGUGCAUCCUAGCCCGCUAAGCGCGUCGAGGGGUUUCUUUGACUGUCAUCACUUCACCAAGUGCAACCAGUGGCUCGAGCAGCGCUACGGCAAGGGUGGCGGCAUCGAUUGGGACCUCAACGUAGACCCAGAAAAGGUUACAGAGGAAGCUGCAGGAGAAGCUACAGAGGCAGCGGCAAAAGAAGUUACUGGAGGAGCUGCAACUUGA